AUGUCUACCAUUCAAACUAGCACACCUACAGUAUCUACUGGGAAUCAUAAUCACAAUCACAACAUCAAUACUCAUAACAACAACUAUAACAAUGUACAUGUCAACAAUCUACAACAACAACAACAACAACAACCUAAAGAACAUAAACAACAACCACUUGUAAAGAUAAACAAAUUACAUCAUACAGCAAUACAGAUAUACAUUGAUCAACCAUUGCGUACAAGAUCACCGACUCCUGCUGAACAACAGAUAAUAGACAAUGAAGAGUAUUAUUUGACUGGAGGCAGGAAGCGUAAGCUGGUCGAGUGGUACCUAGACUACAUCGAAUCGAGCACCGAUAAGUUCCUCAUCAGUGAGGCCAACUUCAACUUCUCCGUCAUCCCCGUCAUGUAUCUCGACACGCCACCCUCAUCAAUGACAGAGAUUGAGAAGAACCUAGUGACAGUGCGUCGUUUCUUGGACGACCUAGAAGUUAGAACAGCGAACAACAACAGCAACAACAACAACAAUGUUAAUGGUACACCACUACAACAUACGACAAAGAUAUACAGGUCAUUGGUUAAGCCGGUAAAGACUGUCGUGCAGGAGGGCAUUGAUCAGGCACGAGCAGAGUUUGAGGUGAUACUGUGGCACAGACUGGCAAAGCUGGGUCUGGCAUGUCGGUCUCACUACAAGUCGUCGAAAUUGUUCACAAAGGAUGCCAAGCAUCGACUGGACGCAGCGGUGCAGAGGUCUCUGGGCACGGCAAACGUGGUGCCUGCGGCAAAACAGAUGAAGGAGAUCAUUGGCGAUCUGCAACACCUGGACAUGAUGGAGCAUUAUGACAACGAGUUCUUCUCGAUGGAUCAUGGCAGCAAGAGUGCCGACGAUCCAAUCGUCGGAGUGCUCGGCCUAAUCGUGAACAGAUUGCAUCGUUUGGAGAAUGAACUAAAGACCAUCCAUCAGCACUGGGGUCAUACCAGCAACAACAGCAAUAAACUGUUGAGUCCACCAACCAUGGGCCAUCGAUGA